GAUCUUUUUCUUUUUUUCAUUCUUAUAAUGGACCUUUUUUAUUCUCCGAUUCAUACAUAGAAAACACCAUAUAAAGUUUGUAACCUUUUUGGUUCUUGUUGUGUUGGUUUUCUUGGAUCACGAACAUGCAUCUCAGUUCUCUCCUACCCUUAACUGUGUUGUCGAUCUUAUUAUGGAGCCUAGAGGGUGCCCUAGGAGACCCUCAGAUUCUUCUCCUCAACAAGGGUUGUAGCCAAUACAACGCCACGGAUUUGUCCACUUUCAACCAGAAUCUGAACGCAACUUUGAAUGAUCUCAGAGUUCAAGUUACCAACCAAAGCAAGUACUUUGCCACGGCUCAAGAAGCUAGAGGACAAGACCCUGUCUAUGCCAUGUUCCAAUGUAGAAACUACCUCUCUACCACUGACUGCGCCGCCUGCUUCUCCGCCGCCGCCGCCCAAAUCCGCAACUGCUCCGCCGGGGCCAACGGUGCCCGUGUCAUCUAUGACGGUUGCUUCCUCAGGUAUGAGAGCGCUGGGUUCUUUGACCAGACAACUUUGGCUGGGAACAGUAUGAUAUGUGGAAAUCAGACAGCGGUUGUAGCCAGUGAUUUUAAUACAAGUGCACAGCAAGUGUUGAAGGAUCUGCAAAUUGCAACUCCCAAAAUCAGUGGUUUCUUUGCAGCUACCAAGACACAAGUGUCUGGUGCUGCAAUCUAUGCCAUUGCACAGUGUGCUGAAACUGUCUCAGAGAGUGGUUGUCUGGAUUGCCUCACAGUUGGAUACAACAACAUUGAAGUUUGUUUACCCAAUACAGAAGGCAGAGCAUUUGAUGCUGGAUGUUUUAUGAGAUACUCAGAGACAGCCUUUUUUGCUGAUAACCAGACAAUUGAUAUCACACCCUUCUUGCAACAAGGGAGUUCAAGCAAAAAGGGAGCCAUUAUUGGUGGGGUUGUUGGAGGUGUAGCUUUGAUUGUGAUCAUCCUUGCAUUAAUUGCCUUGCUAAGAUGGUACAAGAAACCCAAGAAGGUUCGAAGAGGUGACAUAUUGGGAGCAACUGACUUGAAAGGUCCAGUGUCCUACAGGUAUAAGGAUUUGAAGGCUGCAACAAAAAAUUUCAGUGAUGAAAAUAAACUGGGAGAAGGAGGUUUUGGAGAUGUAUACAAGGGCACUUUGAAAAAUGGGAAGAUAGUUGCAGUGAAGAAAUUAUUUUUUGGCGCAUCAGGGAAGAUCGAUGAUCAAUUUGAAAGUGAAGUGAAGCUUAUAAGCAAUGUUCAUCACAGGAAUCUGGUUCGACUCCUUGGAUGUUGCAGCAAAGGCCAAGAAAGAAUCCUUGUUUAUGAAUACAUGGCAAACAAAAGCUUGGAUAGAUUCUUAUUCGGUGAAGUAAAGGAUUCCCUCAACUGGAAACAAAGAUAUGAUAUAAUUUUAGGCACAGCAAAGGGUUUGGCCUAUCUGCAUGAGGAUUUCCACGUUUGCAUCAUACAUAGGGAUAUAAAGACUAGUAAUAUCCUCUUGGAUGAUGAAAUGCAACCAAGAAUUGCUGAUUUUGGGUUGGCAAGACUUCUACCAGAGGACCAAUCUCAUCUUAGUACAAGAUUUGCAGGAACAUUAGGAUACACAGCACCUGAGUAUGCAAUCCAUGGUCAGUUAUCAGAGAAGGCUGAUGCCUACAGCUUUGGUGUUGUACUCCUAGAAAUCGUAAGUGGCCAAAAGAAUAGUGAACUGAGGACAGAUGCUAAUGAUGGUGAAUUCCUCCUUAAAAGGGCAUGGAAACUGUACGAGGAAGACAGGCAUUUGGAGUUGGUUGACAAGAAAUUGGAUGGUAAAGAGUAUGACGUAGAAGAAGUGAAGAAAGUGAUAGAGAUUGCUUUGCUUUGCAUUCAAGCAUCAGCUGGUGCAAGGCCAACAAUGUCUGAAGUAGUAGCCUCACUGAAAGGCAAGAAUUCACUGGGGCAAAUUAGGCCAUCUAUGCCUCUACUGGUCUUAAUAACCUUGAUAUGGUGGAGCUCGGAUAAUAUUCAUGCAUAUGGUGCAGUUGAAAAUAUACAGACAAAUCUACUAAGCAAGGGGUGCAGCGCAUACAACGCAUCCAACUUGCGUAGCUUCUUUGCCAAUAUCAAUGAAACUUUUGCAGGCCUUAGAGCACAAAUUAGCAGUGAUAAGAACAAGCACUUUGCCAUAGAAGACAAAGCCAGGGGAGAGGUGAUCACCUAUGCUAUGUUUCAAUGCAGAAACUAUCUCUCCAAAACUGAAUGUCUUUCUUGCUUCGACACUGCCACCUCCCAGAUCCUUAACUGCUCUGCUGCUAAUGGCGCCAGAAUCAUAUACGACUCCUGCUUCCUCAGGUAUGAGAGCGAGAGGUUCUACGAUGAAACCAAUGAACCUGGCGGUGGAGUAUCAUGUGGGAACAUGAGUUCAACUGUCACUGGUUUUAAAGUAGCUGCACAACCAGUGUUAAUGGAGCUCCAGCAAGCAACACCCAAAAUUAAAGGUUUUUAUGCAGCUACUAAGACACCGGUUGUUGGUGGUAGUGCAAUUUAUGCCGUUUCACAGUGUGUUGAAACGGCCAUGAAGACUAGUUGUCUGAACUGCCUACAAGUUGCACACGACAACUUACAACGUUGUCUUCCAAACACAGAUGGGACAGCAUAUGAUGCUGGCUGUUUUAUGAGAUACUCCACCAUACCUUUGUUUGCUGAUAAUCAGACUAUUGAUAUUGCACCCUUUUUAAAACAAGGAGGUUCAACGAAGAAGUGGGGUAUUAUAGGUGGUGUUGUUGUUGGAGCUGCUCUUCUGCUCCUUCUGUUGUUUGCUUGGAUAUGGUUUAGAAAAUCUAAGGGGGUUCAAAGAGGUGACAUAUUGGGAGCAACUGAGUUGAAAGGUCCAGUUAACUACAAAUAUAAUGAUUUGAAAGCUGCAACAAAAAAGUUCAGUGCUGAAAACAAACUUGGGGAAGGAGGUUUUGGAGCUGUAUACAAGGGUACUCUGAAAAAUGGAAAAGUUGUUGCUGUAAAAAAACUAGUUUUAGGGAAAUCAAGCAAGAUGAUGGAUGAUUUUGAAGGUGAAGUGAAGCUUAUAAGUAAUGUUCAUCAUCGGAAUCUCGUUAGACUUCUUGGUUGCUGCAGCAAAGGUCAAGAGAGAAUCUUGGUUUAUGAGUAUAUGGCAAAUAGCAGUCUUGACAGAUUCUUAUUCGGUAACAGAAAAGGCUUCCUUAGUUGGAAACAACGCUAUAAUAUAAUUUUAGGCACAGCAAAGGGACUAGCAUAUCUACAUGAGGAAUUCCACGUCUCGAUCAUACACAGAGAUAUCAAGACUGCUAAUAUCCUGUUAAAUGAUGAUCUUCAGCCAAAAAUUGCUGACUUUGGGUUGGCAAGGCUUCUCCCAGAGGAUUGUUCUCAUCUCAGCACAAAAUUUGCAGGAACAUUGGGAUACACAGCGCCUGAGUAUGCAAUGCAUGGGCAAUUAUCAGAAAAAGCUGAUACCUACAGCUUCGGUAUUGUAGUGUUAGAAAUCAUAAGUGGUCAAAAGAGUACUGAUGUGAAGGGUGAUGAGGAGAGCAGUGAAUAUCUUCUUCAACGAUCAUGGAAACUGUACGAGAGAGGGUGUCACCUGGAGCUGUUGGAAGAGGGCAUUGACCCUGAUGAAUAUGAUGGGGAAGAAGUGAAGAGAAUAAUAGAAAUUGGUUUAUUAUGCACUCAAGCUACAGCUGCAGCGAGGCCAACAAUGUCUGAAGUAGUAGUAUUACUCAAAAGCAGGAACUCAGUGGAGCACCUCCGACCAACUAUGCCUGUGUUUGUUGGAACGAAUGUGAUGACUCGGGAAGGAAACUCUACAAGUUCAUCCAAUGCUAAUGCUUCCAUUUCUAUUGUAUCAGCUCGAUGA